AUGUUCAAAAAAUUCAAUGAAAAAGAGAGCGUUUCAUCUGUAAAUACAGCAAAAAAUACCGUUUCAAAAACUAUUAAAAACAAAGUCUCGGAAAACUUUGAAAUUGCAAAGGAGUAUCUCGAUAAGAUUUUACCAAAAAAAGAACCGCUAAAGCUGCUCAAAUGUCAUGAUCAUAUCGAGCUUUUUGCGGAUCCCAAUGGGGAAGUGAUAUUUUUCCGCCAACGCGAUGGGCCAUUUGUUCCAACAUUAAAACUCCUUCACAAAUAUCCGUUUUUACUUCCUCAACUGCAAGUAGACCGUGGCGCCAUCAAACAUGUACUUAAUGGGUCCAAUAUCAUGUGCCCUGGACUUACUUCGCCUGGUGCCAAACUUUGCGAUGUUCCCAAGGGUACCGUUGUCGCUAUAAUGGCAGAGGGAAAAGAGCAUGCUGUUGCCGUUGGUAUUACUGCGAUGUCGGCCACCGAAAUGUAUAAUAAUGUCGGUGUGGAGACCUGGCACUAUCUGAAUGACGGUUUGUGGCUAAUGAAGUCGUGCUAG